AUUAACAAAGAAGAUCACACGCUUGGCAAUGUUCUGCGGCAUCAGCUGUUAAAAGAUCCCGCUGUUCUCUUCAGUGGCUACCAUAUUAUACAUCCGUUGGAGUUCAAAUUCGAAUUGCGAGUUCAAACGGAUCCUAACGGUACAUACACACCCGAAGAUGCGCUUGAGAACGCUAUCAAAGAUUUAAUAUCUGAGUGCUCGCAUCUGGAGGAUCUUUUUCAGGUAAAAUAG